UUUUUUUUUCUUUUUUUAAUUCGCUGAAAUUUGGCCAAAACAAUUCUCCAUUUCUUCUGAGUUCUGUCCUGAUUUUUGGUUUUUACCGCACACCGACACUGCUCCUCCUCGUGAUGAGAGUUACCCUCUGCCGCUCUGCUCCGUCCCUCUUCCGCUCCACUCGCAAUUCCGACCUAACCCUAAAAAUAACAAUGGCCCCGUCUCCGAUGAAGCAUUAAGUAGCAUUUCCUCGAAGAAAGCCCUAGUCUUUCCACGGGAUUGGCGUCUCUAGGUUUUCGAGGUGGUCUCGCUUUUCAAUCUGUCGGCGUUGGCGGCGUUUUAGUGGUGCUGUUUUUUUUGCCAGAUUUGGUUGUCUUCUUCAUCUGGGACGAAUAGCAUUGUUCAUCAACGGCAUUGAAUCCUGGAAUUAAUACCCUUAGAGAUUGUUGUUACAGAUUUUAUGGUUUGUUUUGACUAUGGUUUUAUGCAUCCUCCAGAUCCUUCCAUAAGAUAGGUAUUAGUUAGGCUAUGUUGUUCCAUUAAUAUAUUUUGGCCUCCAAAUGGGUUCCUUUGGUGGUACUUCUGAGAUUAUUGAAUCGAGGGAAGAGUUUAACUUUUGGAAUCAUUCUAAUGGGCCAAAGCUACCACGAAUUAAGCUGAGAGAAGGCGAAGGGAAAUCCCAUGGUUUUCAUGCUGAGGAUGACCUUCAACAGGUUAUUGAAGCAAUUGAUCUCCGAUUGUCACCCAAGGUGCUGGGCUUUUCCCGUCGGGUUCUUGGAGACAUGCAGAAGAAGGAUUUAUCUAAGAAACCUAUUCGCAUUGGUGCAUCGCAAGCAUCUGGAAUCGGAGUUUCUGAAUCUAUUACAAUGAAACAAGCUCUGAGAAGAUUAUGCAUCACGCAGGCAUCAGAGCUGGCUGCAAUGAAGAGGUCAAAACCAAUCGGUUUAUCCGGUGGCUCUGAAGCUGGUACAAUUAAAAGUUUGUAUACAUCAAUGGUUCUGGAGGAGAACAAAUGUGGCAUUUCUGUUGGUGACAGGAAAAGGAAUUUAUUUGAAAUAUCUAUUGCUCCUGAAACUGUUUGCCUAAAUUCAUCUCAUAAUGGAAUUCAAGUUUGUAGUUCAUGUCAGUCAGAAUUUUCUCGUAUGGAAUCUCUUGCUUCUCCAAUUAAUGCAGCUUUAAAACCAAAUUUAACCAAAAAAAGAAUCCAGUGUAUCACAGCAUCUCUAUCAAAAGCUGUUUCUGCUCCACAUAGUGCUGCUUCCACACCAAAAAGCUGUGGUCGCCCAUCUGGGACAGCAGAGAUAGAUAUAAAAAGAAAAGCAUGUAAAAAAGCUUUCAUGUCUAAUCUUGACGAAAGAAGUGUACUGAAUAAGCCUAGCUUAAGUCCUCGAAUGACCAAAACAACAGCGAAAAGCAAGUUUUCCUCUAAGAAAGGCAUUCAGGAACCAUCACAGCCAACUGGGAGUUCUAAUAGUUCUGUGAAUGUUAAUGAACCUGGGGAAGUUUCCAGUGAAGAAACCAAGUUGGGUUGCUUGAAGCCUGUUUUUGCAGCAUCAGGUGCUAUGAAGCCUGAUGUUACUGUUGUGUGUAACUAUCAAUGCAGUCCAAAUAAUUGUGGUUUUAGAAAUGCGACGGCUUCUAAACUGACCAAUUAUUCAAGGUCGAAAGAAAAGGGGAAUUAUUCACAAAGCUCUAUGAGCAGCCUUGGUGAUAAUAGUAGUAGCACAAGCAAUAGUGAUGAGAGCAAUCAAAGUGGCUCUAGUGUGGUUCGUCCUCACAUGUCAAAGGAUGUAAGAUGGACAGCUAUACACCAAGCUUUGAAUCAGCAUGGAGGCUUGGAUUUAAUGAAUUUCAAACUAAUAAAAAAGCUCGGCUGUGGAGACAUUGGAACUGUCUACCUUGCUGAGUUAACUGGAUCUGGAUGCUUAUUUGCCCUGAAAGUGAUGGAUGUUGAAUUUUUGAUCAGUAGAAAGAAGAUCCUACGAGCACAAACUGAAAGAGAUAUCCUACAAAUGCUUGAUCAUCCAUUUCUUCCAACAUUAUUUUCAUAUUUUACAACAGACAACCUCUUAUGCUUAGUUAUGGAGUAUUGUCCAGGCGGUGACCUGCAUAUCCUACGACAAAGACAGAAUGACAGAAGGUUCUCAGAACCAGAAGCUAGAUUUUAUGUUGCAGAGGUCCUCCUUGCUUUGGAAUAUCUUCACAUGCUUGGUGUGAUAUACCGAGAUCUUAAACCAGAAAACAUCUUGGUUAGAGAGGAUGGACAUAUUAUGCUCUCAGACUUCGAUCUUUCUCUCAGAUGUAAUGUAAAUCCAGUCCUCCUCAGGUCCUCUUCACUUGGGUGGGAAGAGGCAAGAACUUCAGGCCCUUGUGCUGAGUCCAGCUGCAUAAACCCUCACUGCCUUCAUCCAUCUUGGCCUCAAAUUUCUUGUUUCACCCCUCGUCUCAUCUCUUCGUCCAAAGCCAAGACGCAAAAAAUAAGAUCUGAUGCAAUUAAUCACAUCACACCUCUUCCGCAGCUUGUAGCAGAGCCUUCGGAUGCUCGCUCCAACUCCUUCGUCGGCACACACGAGUACCUUUCCCCUGAAAUCAUCAAAGGUGAUGGACAUGGAAGUGCAGUAGAUUGGUGGACAUUUGGAAUAUUUCUGUAUGAGUUGCUCUAUGGAAUGACACCCUUCAAAGGAUCUGGGAAUGAAGAGACUCUGGCCAAUGUGGUGUCUAAGAACUUGAAGUUCCCAGAGACUCCAGCUAUCAGCUUAAAUGCAAGGGACUUGAUCGAACGCCUACUAGUAAAGGAUCCAGACAACAGACUUGGUUCAGUGAAGGGAUCAGCUGAGAUCAAGAGGCACCCAUUUUUCGAGGGGCUCAACUGGGCUUUGAUACGGUGUGCGGCACCUCCGGAGGUGCCGGGGAGCUUUGAUUUGAGUUCACCGUUGGCUGUGUGCAAGAUAAAGGAAGGCAAGAGCCUGACUUUUAGUAAAAGCAUGGGCGAUGUGGAAUUUGAGCUGUUCUAGUAGAGAAAGUUGGUUACUUGAGGAAGUUACUGUGAGGCUCUAUCUAAUAAUCUGUGAUGUAACUCUACUUCUACAAUGGCAAUGAGCUUUCUUUCCUGUCAGUUACAUCAUCUAUAUAUGGCAAUGGCGAUGAGCUCUCUUUCCUUGAUCUAAUAGAGCUUGAUUCUGCUUCUGUUGCAGAACUCCAAGGCUCUCUAUUUGGAAUGGAGAUGGAAGAAAUGGAAGGACAUGACAUGAACCAGGUGAUAUUGAUUUGAAAUUUUCAACCUUUUUUAUUUUCUUUACUUGCAUUCAAAUUCCCCAGAGAAGCAUAUGGUCUGUGCGCUGUACUCUCCUGGGUAACAUAUUUUAUCUUUUGAUUUUGACUUGUCACCAUUAGAAGCCUGUGAUAUUACUCUGUUGUUGAAGAUUUUCAAGCCUGAAUGUUUUUAAUGCAGUUCAUCUUAGCUUGCAAUCAAGAGGUCUCAGAUUUAAUGUCUAUAUGUGCAAUGUAUAUGUGAAUUUGUGAUUAAAGUAAGUAUUGUCUAAAUCUAUAUAUGAGCACUGUUUUCCUUUGAUGGCUUUGCUUGUU